AUGUCGAAUAUCUACUUAGCUUUAGUAGUGUUCUUGAUUAUGUCCAAUCUAAAUCUUGGAGUAACUCAAUGGUUACCUACAUAUGAGGCAUUCACAGGUGAAAAUAUCGACGAUCUAAAUGGUACAAUUUAAUGUCAGCAAACAUAGGAUGGGUGAUACAAAAUCAAUAUGAAGCUACAUUUGAUGUUGUAACAAAAUGUGGACCAAUAUAAAUUUUAGGAGGUUUGAAGUCAUUUGGUUCCCAAACAACAUUAACAAAGUUGAUUAAGAUUCCUCCACAUUAUAGACUUAAAUUUAUAAUACAAUUAUGGAAGUACUACCCAACAGUUAUAUAGAAUAGGCGAUUGGGAAAAUGAUAAAAUUUAAGUGUUUGUGGAUGGUGUACCUUGGGAAAUGAAAUGGGGUUUUACAGAAGGAGCAAAAUAAUUAUGUAGUGGUCCAAAAAUACCUAACAGUGAUAAAGUUUAUGAUGUUGAAUUUGAAGUAGCUCAUAAUUCUCCAACAGCUACUAUCGUUAUAGCUAGUACUUAAGUUCAGAAAGCAGAUAAAUAGGCAUGGGGCAUGAGAAAUAUAAAAAUCUCUUUUAAAGAUUGUCCAUCUCAAUGUGGAAUAUGUCAUAAUGAUAAAGUUAAUGAAUGCAAAUUUUGGAAGUAAGUUGAUCUUAGUUGGUUUCGUACUGAUACUUCAUUAGAAGGAUGGAAUUUAUAAGAAGGAAAAUAAAAAUCUUUUUAAUGUUCAGGAAUUGUUAUGUUUGGAGGCCCCAAUAAUAUCGGUAGUAAAGCCGUUUUAACUAAAUAAACAAAAAACCUUCCUCCUCAUUAAAAAGUAAUGAUCAAAUUCACUUUAUGGAAAGUAUCAUAAUAUCAUAUAUUUUAAGUUUGGAUUAUGGGAUAAUGAUCAAUUUUAUGUGUAUAUUGAUGAUGAAUAAGUAUAUAAGUAAACAUUCUAAAAAUUAGAUGGAUUAAGCAUAUGUGGAGAGUAAUUUUUUAUUAUUUAUGUUAUUAAGUUCAAAACCAGGAUGUGGAUAGAAAUUAGUAAAUAUAGAAAUAAUCUAAAAGCAUAAGAAGAAUGAAAUGACAGUAAAAUUCACUUCUUCUUUAAAGUAAGGUACAUAUUUAUUUAACAAUAUUUUAGAUCCUGAAGAUCAAUCAUGGGGUAUAAGAGAUUUUUUCUCUUUUGUAGCAGAAUGCCCAAAAUUUUGUAAGAGUUGUUUUGGAUCAGGAGAUAAUGAAUGUUUAAAAUGUGAAGAAACGCAUUAAUUAAUUGAAGGGAAAUGUAUUAAUAAAGAUGAUUGGUUUAUUUUAUCAAAAGAGUUAAAUGAUUCAUAGAGUUUUAAAAAGAUAAAAGAAUGGUAGAUUGAAAAUAUAGACCCAAUUCAAUCUGAAGUUGAGAGUUCACCUAUCACAUAAUGUGGUAAAGAUGUCAGUAUUUUUGGAGGCUACAAAAUAUUGGCAAAAGUAUAUUAUAUUAUAUUAUUUAGAAAUCAUAAGUUUCAAAAGUUUAUACUAAUAUUCCUGCACAUAAUUUCUUAAGAUUACGAAUUACUAUGUAUAAAAUAGACAGAUGGGAUGGAGAAGAAUUGAUUAUAUUAGGGGAUGAUAAAUAAAUAUGGAGUUAACUUUUAGGUUGGAAUGACCCUGGGUAAUCAAAUAUAUGUGGUGAUCCUAAAAGUCCAUGGAAAGAAAGAAUUAUGUUUAUAGAUUAAGUUAUUGAGCAUAAUAAAGAUGAAUUUAAAUUAACUAUUACAUCAACUUUAUAAGCAACUGCAGAUAUUGCUUCAUGGGGAUUUAGAGAUGUUAUGUUACUAUAUUCUCCCAUAAAAGAAUGCAUUACAGUUUUUAGUGAAUGUAAUUAUGAAGGUGAAUAAGGAUAGAUUUGUGAUAAUAUUGAAGAAUUAAAUAAAGUAUAAAUUGAGUAUAUAAUUUAUAGUUUAAUUUUCAAAUAAAAUCAAUGUAGAUACCUGAAGGAUUGAAAUUUGUUGGUUUUAAGAAUGCUAAAUUUAAGGGAGAUAGAGUUGAAUACUCAACUAACUAGAAAUGUCUUGAAGAUAUUUAAUUUUCAUUUAUCUAAAGAUUAUGA